CUGGUUGUUUCUAAGCCAAUGCACCUAAUCAAUAUAACGCUAUUAAAAUAAAAGUGAGGAUGAAACAGUGUGAUGGCAGCAGUUCCGAUGUUGGAUUUCCUUCGUAACCGGCGCAGUCGUGGAUAAAGUUACAUACGACAGGCCCUGCAGCUGUCGCCCUGAUCAGGAUAGGAUGUUAGACAACAAAUAAAAAAAAAGUUGGGAGACGGGUAGCUUGUCCUUUAAUAGUGCCUUUGACGACGUGCUCUUAAGAUUCUGAGGAAACAUGGAAUCUGAAAAUAUGAGUUUUUCCCACAGUGUGGAUCAGAGCCACGAGUCCAGGAUUGGACCGGGGUUACGGAAGUACGUCUGUGAGCUUACACUGGAUCCCAAAACACCGCAUGGAGUUCUGUCUCUGUCUGAAGGCAACAGAAGGGUGACAUUUGACGGAGAGAGCCAGUAUAGACCAGGUGGCCCAGGGAAAUUUACCGCCUGGCCUCAAGUCCUGUGUAGCCAGGGUCUCUCUGCUCAAUGUUACUGGGAGGUUGAGUGGACUGGAAAUAGAGCUGAGAUAGGAGUGGCGUACAAAGCGAUACGCAGGAAUGAUGACACUGCCGAUUGUCGGCUUGGAGCUAAUGAUAAGUCCUGGAUUCUGUGCUGCACCAAUAAUAGCUCCUCAGCUUACCACAAUAAACAGGAGAGUGCUGUCGGUUUACCGCCCUCCUCCAGAGUAGGAGUCUAUCUGGACUGGGUGGGCGGAAUUCUGUCCUUCUACAGCAUCUGCUGUGGGAAAAUGACCCCUUUGCACACGUUCCACUCCCAUUUCACUCAGCCUGUACAUCCAGCAUUUGGGCUGUACACUCUUGGUUGCUCUGUGCACAUUUGCCAGCUGAAAUGAUUGUCUUGGGGAAAAAAAGACUCGUACAAAAUCACUGCUGGACUGGGAUUAAAAAUGAGUUUCUCAGCAUGUCAUAAAAAGUUAUACCCUAAUUUCAGCUGAUUCCCAAACUGCACAGAAUGUAUCAACUCUACCCUAGAAAAAUGAGCAUGUGUGUAUUUCUGCAGGAAAGUAUGUAAUGACUCAAUUGUACAUAUACAUGUAUGUAUAAUUUGUAAAUCUUAUUGCCCACAAUUCAUAAAAUCUUAUUUUGUGAAAACCCAGAAUCAGGUUAAGCAUUAACCAUUCUCUGUGAUCUGUGUACACUACUUUACAGUGUUCAGGAAAAUGUGAUAAACAAGAAUUAUAUAUUUGUGCAUGAACUUUUAUGAAUGCAAGAAUAUAUUUUUUCAAAAUGUUAAUAUAAUGCUUUGUAAUAUGUAACAUUUUUAGUAAGACAAGAUUCAACAGUAUAAUCCAGCUCUCAAAGGAUAAAACAUACAGUACAGAUAACUAAAAUACAUGUUAUAAUCAGGGUCUGGAAACAUUUUUCAAUGUGACCGAAAACUGAAGUCAUAUAAAGAUCCUAGAGAUGGGUGAA